UCCCAUUCUGCAAACUGUGCUGCACCAGUUGAGUAGUCCUCGACUUACGACUGGUUGAGUAGUCCUCGACUUACGACCGGUUGGGGGUCGCGGCAUUAAAAAGGUUGAGAACCACUGAUCUAGAGUAACUACUUUAAUUACAGUCUAUACAAGCUAUGAAUUUACUUGGUAAACAUUUCAAUUUUACUCUGCAAGCAAUAAAGAGCUUUUGAGGAAUCUUCAGAUUUUUGUUUCCUAAACUAGCUAGACUUGUAAGACGUGAAACCAUACUUAAGAAUAUAGUUUCAAUCAAUAUUCCCACCCCUCCCAAUAAAAAAUUAAAACUGCAUUUUGACUAAUUUUAUCAGUAAAUUGAUAUUUUCUUCUAUAAUACUUUGAGGCACCACAGGUUUAGUGUGUGUGCUCCAAUAGCCAUGAAAACAGUAAAAUGCAAAUACAUAACUGUUAGUGAAGGCUAGGUAUUCUAAAUCUUGCUGUUUUUAAUCAUAUACUUAUGAUCCCUUUUGCCUCACAGCAUCAAAACCUGAACACGAGAAUAAACAUACAGAGGUUUUCUUUCCUGAAAAGUGGGUAUUUAGAGUAAGAUUUGAUACACUAUUUGAGCACCUACAGCAGUAUUGAGUGGUUUCUUCACAAAUAAGUACCAUGUAUUUAAAUUCAGAGACUGCCUUACAUCUGCUAAUUGCUACUCUCUCUUUAUAUCUUUAGAUUUCUACAAACUGUACUUACUAGAUGUGGAGGGCUGGAUAUUUUCCAUUCUUGGUGCCAUGCAGACUACAAGGAAAUUUUACAGCAAAACUAGACCAAUGUGAUUCCAAUUAUUCUACUGUGUGGUUGCCAAUAGGUUCCAUAUUUCGGCAACCAGUUACAUAACAAGUGAAGCAAUUUUCUCUAUGGAAAUGAAGCAAGAGUACCCACACCCACUACUAUUAUACAGUUUUCCAUUUAUAAAACGUGACAGGGUGGCUUGUAAUCCCUUUCUAUGUGGUUUUGUUUUAUUUUAGAACUACAGCACUGUAUAUGCUACAUGCAGAAGAGUGGGACAUAAUAUUUAAAAUAAAAAUAAGGAUUUCACUUUAUUGCAGCGCUUGUCUUUUUGUUAGUGUAGAUGGUAAUGUUCACUUAACACCUGGUUUCUAUUGCUCAGACUAAUACUGGGUAAAAAGAGAGAUUUCUUACUAUUAAGGUUUGGUGCAUGGAUGGUUCUAUCAUCCAGCCACUUGAAUUUUAGUUAUACUAAGGAAAUAGGCCCUUCAGCUUUCAACAGGAGGCCUGGUUUCUGGUUCUGUAAACAAGACAGUCAUUUAACACUGAGGAAGAAAAAUACAAAGAUAUAAUUUAUUAAUAGCAAGCUGUUGUAUGCAUCCCUAUUUGGCAUUCCCUUGAUUACUUAAGAAAACAUAUCUAUAUCUGUUUGUGUGGACUUCUCCCAACUUCUUUUGUUAUGAGACUGCAUUCAGAGCUUGAACUGAAAGUUAUUGUAUAUAUAACUGCUAUAAUACAAUAAAGAUCUAAUGUUCCCUUACAGCCUGUGAACUAAAGGUGUAAAUGUCUGAACGUGUAUAUAGAUAGUAUAUAGGGAAUAUAUUUGAUGAUGGAGUAAAGGGUUGCUCUAGACUAAUGUGGAUUCUAGUUCUGCCUACUAUUUCAUCCUUGUGUCUAACUUAAUUUUAGCUAUCAAUGUAUGCAGAAGAUGAAUUGGACCUUACUCUACCAUUUCUCACAAUAAGGUUUGAAUUUAUGUCUUCGGGUUUUUAGAGCUCCUUGAUAAAUAAUGUUUUUUCCAUUCAGUAAAUGAAAAUUGCAUAUUAAUUCUGAGAGACUCAUACUUGCUAGAUUUCUUCUACCUCAAUCUGCCAUGAUAUAUAAUAUCUGUGUUGAUAAUCAUGUUUUAUUUGGUAGAAUAAGGUGAUUGGAGAUAGUUUUCUAUCACAGUGCAGAAGUUUCUGGUUAAUCUUGACUGUUGGAAUAAACUCUGCUUGGUGAAUUCACACAAAGCUCGCUAAAAUGAAACAAACACUAUUAUGGGUGAAGUUCUUUCAUGCUUGGCUACUGUUGAUGGGAAAGAGAACAUUUUCUCCAUGUUAAGAUUAUUAUAGGUUUGGCAAUGUGGCAUGCAACAGUUUUUACUACUAUAUAUAUGUGUUUUGCUUUUUUUUUAAAAAAAAAUAGUGUCUCCUGUUUUUAUUACAAGGAUAGGGAUCAAGUCAUAUAUAAAAAUAUGCAGCAAAAUCUAAAGCUACAUAAAAGGCUUUUGUUCCAUAAUGAGGCUCUUUAUGCAGUAAAUAACAUUGUCCAAUAAUGAGGAGGAAUAAUUGGGAAUCUUCUGUUAACACUAAGGUUUGCAAAAGUAAUGGAAAAGCUUCACUGAAAAAGUUCUUGAGAAGAGCAAGUGAAUGAUGCACAUUGUCCAUGCACAAUGUAUAUAAAAACUGUUCAUCUUAAAAGGGGGCAGAUAAGGAGAGUAAGGGGAAAUUACCUUGAAAAAGAAGAUGUUAGUUAUUAUCCUGUACAAGAGCAUUCUACAUUGCAAUGUUUUGUCACAGAUUCCACUUGAAGCUUAAAUUUACAGUUUUUACAAGACAGAGAGCAUUCUAGGAGGCAUGUUGUUUUUUUAAGUCAUACCCACCUAUUUGCCUAAAGUUCUAUUUGAAGAGUAGCUCUGAGUUCAAAACUUGUUUGCUACUUGGUAAUGUGUCAAUUGGCCUUAAUGGAGAUACUAUGCUGUUUGUUAUUUUCUAACUGGAUAACAUAGCUGUGUUCUAUGCCUAUAUUUUAAGUUAGCUUAUUAUAAAAAAAGAUGCAGAUUUUUAUUUCUUUUAACCUUACUGUUUUUUUAUAUAUAUAUACAAGAGCUAUCUCAAUGGAUCUCUUUAAUCCAUGGCACUGAGAAUUUAUUAAGUGUUCUACCAGUGGCUUACAAUCCUAGCAGUAUAGAAUUCUUGGCUUCCAGCUUGGAACACCAAAACAUAAAGUCAGUGAGGUAGUCAAUACCAAUUUUGAAGAAAAAAAAAAGAAUCUCUGUUUCUAACUAUGCUUUGUGCCCAUUGUAGAGAUAACUCUAAAUCAAAUGAAACUCGAAGCAGAGAGGCUGAGAAGAGCAGAUUUACUUUGUUUACAAUAUUAACCAAACAAAAAGCUAAGGGAAUCAUCUGUAGUUUGAAUUAAGAAACUUACAUUUCUAAAUCUGAAUCAAAUAUGUGAUUCUGUAGCUAUUUUGUUUUAGACGCUGUUUACUGUGACUUUUAAUGGGAUUACUGUUAUUAUCAAGGAUUUCAUGUUCAUAUAUUUAAAAAUAGUUUAUGUAACAAUAACAUUACAAAUCGUAAGAGCUGAUUUAAAAUAUUACAAAUAGAAAAUAAAUGUUAAUAGAUUAUUUGCUGAUUAGAUAAAGAAAUGGAACAGUAGGCUUAUUUUUCAGAUAGACAUGGCAGUUUUAAUUUUCAUCCAGAUUUUUGUAUGUUUGAAUUAAUUGUCUAGCAAACUAGGGUUUUGUAGCUUUUUUUUUUUUUUGCCAUAUUGUUAAAAAUAGAAAACUAUACACUAAAUAGCUACAAUGAGCUUCAGAUUUAGAUUUGGAAUACAUAUUACAACUAGUUUAAUUCCAUUGAUGAUAUUCUUAAUCAUUGGAUAUCAACAGAAGUGUAGCAUACUGAAGAACUCAGAAACUAGAUCAGGAGGUAAUUACAGAGAACAGUUAAGAUUUUAUUUGAAAGCACAUUAGACCAAUAUAAAAUUAAAAAUACAAAUCUGAUAGCCAAAAAAUUAAAAACAACCAUAUCACAAUUACUAUAUUUUCUCAGAUUAUCUUUAAAAGUAAACUGCUCUGUUACAAAAACUAAAUUUAAUCUAAGUUAGGCAUAACAUUAUCCUGGCUUUAGAAUUUCUUUAUAAAAAAUAAUUCUUGAAGAAUUUAUUUAAAUUUGGUUCAGAGGACCACUUUAACAUUUUGGCAGUUCAAAUUAUCUGUGCUCUUAGGAUAAACAACCAUAAUAGAAGAACACUCUAAAUUAGAAUCAUAAUGGGCGGGGGGAAAUACGAGAAUCCCUCUAAAACGGAUGGCAUUCCUUCAAAAAGCAUCUGAUUUAUAUGUUCUUCACCUGCACGAGAUCUGUCAUUUAGUAUUUAGUUUGGUCCUUAAAUAAGGUUUCUGGCAGUACUAUAAGACAUGGAAUAGAGAAGUAGAGAUAAAAUUUUGUAUGCAUUAAUUCAUUUAUCUUAUAGUGCAUUAUAAUUAUGGCUUAUUUCUUAAGUUCCAUCACAUAUUACUGUUUAGAAUCUCUGUGUUAGAAUACUUGAAACAGGAUCAGAUUGUUAUAAAACUUCUAUUAUGAAGGCGACUUAAGAAUUCUUAGGCAUUGUGGAAGCAUAUUAAUACAGAUAAAUAUAUUUGGAAAAAAUGUGUUAAAGGGCUUUAUUUUUAAAAAAUAUAGAUAGCAAAGACUGUUAAACAACCUGUACUGCAGAAAUCAGUACAAAAUGCUGUGACAUUUAGCACCCAUAUAAUAUGACUCUUGAAACAGGAUCUUAUUGGUCAUUAUAAAAGGCAUAACCAGACUUCCCCAAAAUACCAAGAGUCAAAUCGUUUAGGAUUUUGUAAAUCAAAAAUAGCACUUUGCACUGGGGUUAGAAAUAAAAAAAACAUAACCAAUAUAAUUUUAAAAUACAAUUACUUAAGCAAUUCCAAUUCUACAUUUACUAAUAAUUGGAUACAUUCAGAGUUUUCAAACUGCCUUUAAGAAAAGCUUCAUGAAGACUCAAAUAGUCUGAAAAAAUGUCUGGAAUGGGACAACUUGCUGCAGGCAACUCGUUGUGACCAAAUUGCUACGGCCAACUCACUGUUGGACAACUCACCACAGGACAAUUUAACAAUUCGAUUUAAUUAUUUAAAAUAAAUAAAAUUAUUUUAAUUUUUGUCAUUCAAAUUUCAUUUUGUCCCUCCUUUUGCACCAUUUCUCUAAUAAUUCUAUUCCACCAUUUCUUUGAUAUUAAUGUAACUCUUGUCCUGCAGUGAGUUGUCCCAUAGCGAGUUGGCUGCAGCUAGUUGGCCGUGACAAGUUGGCCGUGACAAGUUGUCAUAGACCCAAAUAUUUCAGGCUUGCAUAAUUCUUCUUUUUCUUUAUCUAUCAGCUUUCAGAUUCUUUCUUGCAAGUGAUAAUUUACUAUUUUAUACAGUGUUCAAGCUCAAACUAAAAUACAAGUGUAAUUUGCUAUACCUGACUGAAACAGUGACCUACUUAUGUUUUAGCACUAAUUCCAAGCUGAAGCUUGUAAUAUCUAUAAGCACAAAGCGUAGAAAAGAAAAUGAAACACGAAGGUUUGUUUCCAGUCUUUAGGGAAUUAGUGCAUCAGGACUGCAAACUUUGAAAAUGUUUUAGAAGUGCUCCUGCCUUCAUCUCUCUCUAUUGAUACAAAGAAUGUUUUUUUAUAUUUUCAGGCUACUCUGUGAAUGUGAAAAAAAUGUUGUUGCUUUAAGGAAUCCGCUCAUUAAAUUUAAUAUGAAAGCAACAGCACCUUUUUUCAGACACACACAAAUAUCUAGAAGUAUCCCUUCCCCAAGUUCAAAGCUAAUAUUUUAGACAAAAGAGUUUAUUGUCCAGGAACAGAUAUUUUUCCUGGCAGCAUUAAGUGGGUUGUCCAACUCUUCUGUGUUAACUGAACUUAACUUUAUUUAUCUGCAUGGAGUCUAAAGUGCUCUUAGAUAUGCAAUCAGUUAUUUGAUUGUCUGAUCAGACUUUUUUAAUGUGGUAUUUUAUAUCCAGAAUAACAAAAAUUCUUGUGAUAUUGGUCCAUUUGUAUUUAAGAAUGAAGUUGUCACUUUUAAAUUGUAUCUCUUUUGACUAAGAGAAGGGGAAAUUGUUAAGUAACAAAACAAAUGCUUUAUAUAUAAUGUGAACAUUUCUUUCCUUUCAUUCAAAUGUGUGUAAUAUUUGGAGUCUGCCUGAACGAGUCCCUGCAGUUUUCUUGGCAAGCUUUCUUCAGAAGUGAUUGCCAUUGCCUCCUUCCUAGGCUGAGAAAAAGUAACUGGCCCACAGUCACACACCUGGCCUUGGGCCUAAAAUGGGACUAGAGCUCAGAGUCUCCUGAUUUCUAGCCUGAUGCCUUAACCUCUACAGCAAUACAGACAAUUAAAUGAACACUGAGGAUAGGAUGGCUUCCAUGAGGAAGAACAUCAUACUCCCAACCCUUCUGGAACCUGUUGUCUUGAGGAAAGAGCCAUCAUAAAAUCUUGCUUCCGGACUGGAACACCAGUCAAGUACUAAACCAUUACCAGAGCUAUUAAAAGUCACUAGCAGAGCAGCAGGCCUUUCAGAUGUUGCUAAAUAAAAACAGUCAACAGUGUAGUUGGUAAAGAAAAAAUGAAGUUGGUAGCUGACAUUUAACAAAAUUUGUUUGGGCCUCGGAUUCCCUGCCUUUCCUUUGAACGCUUCAGAAGAAUCAAUAGGAUUAUGCUGCCUACCUAUCCUGAUUUAGAUCAUCCAAAAAUAUUUCCAAGUCCUGGCCAAAAAGAAGCAAUUUUCUCUCUUCUUGCACAGAAAGGAAGCAGCCCACUCUUUGUGACAUGGAAGACAGGCCGAGACAAACGACUUCGGGGCUGCAUUGGAACUUUCUCUGCCAUGAAUCUUCACUCAGGACUCAGGGAAUACACAUUAACCAGUGCACUUAAGGACAGCAGAUUUCCACCCCUGACUCGUGAGGAGCUGCCUAAACUUUUCUGCUCUGUCUCCCUCCUCACUAAUUUCGAGGAUGCCACUAACUACUUGGACUGGGAGGUUGGAAUCCAUGGGAUCAGAAUUGAGUUCAUCAAUGAGAAAGGUGUCAAGCGCACAGCUACAUACUUACCUGAAGUUGCUAAGGAACAAGAUUGGGAUCAGAUUCAAACAAUAGACUCCUUGCUCAGGAAAGGUGGUUUUAAGGCUCCAAUUACCAAUGACUUUAGGAAAACUAUUAAACUCACCAGAUACCGCAGUGAGAAGGUGACAAUCAGUUAUGCAGAAUACAUGACUUCACGACAGCAUUGUUUUCAAAAUGGCACUCUUCAUGCCCCACCCCUCUACAAUCAUUACUCCUGACACAAAGCUGCAUGACCAGUCCCGCCCCCCAGCUGCCAGCUACGACAUCAUUGGAACAGAUGCCUCCUCUUCCUGGUCCAGUUACUUCUAUUACUGCACCAUUUUAUGAUGCUAGCUUCCGUUGCCAAGUCUGCCUUCCAAUUGAUUAUGGGUGGUGGGGGCUACAAAGAGAGUGCAACUGAAUUUCAGAGGCCCAAGCUUACUUCAUUUUUCAGAAUGAAGGUUCAUUUGGACUGAGUACCUGGGACCAUUGCUGUUGGAUAGAGAAACAGGAGGAAUGGCAGUACCACUGCUCUGUCUCUGUAUUAAAUUGCACUGUGUUCAUUUGAAUUGUUAAUUACAAUGCCCCCUGAUCAAGUAGGAGAUUUCUUCUGGCAGUCUGGCAACGGAGUCCAAAAAAAGAUUUUUAGGUUAUUUGUAUUUUCUUUUUUUUAAUCUCUAAUAUUUAUCUGCCAUAAGCUAAGUAGUCCUAACAUGUCCCAAGCAAACAUGUUAUGACUUGUUAUAAGGAUGGUAUGUCUGGAAGUUCUCCUCCUUGCAAAAGAUGGCAAUUAAUCAAAGAUUUAAAAAGUAAAAUAAAAUUUACUGCAGAUAAAAUGCAUUGCCUAUUCAUAUCCAGAAGGUUUCUAUUUAUACACCUAGCUACUUUUGUUUAUUUUAUUUUAUUGACACAAAAAGAAAGUAACUUACUAGAUAAUGUACUGCAUACAAGAAGGCAAACCACUAAGGGUUGUGUAUGGAAGUAGCAUAGGUUUCCUUGUAUCCCAAAAGGAUAAUCUUGGGGAGUUUUGGGGUGUCUUACUUAAAGUUCAGGUAGUAGGAUUUGCAAAUGAAUUGCAGCAGAUCUUUUCCCACAAAACUAUCCUUAUUGUAAUAAAAAGAGUGGAUUUUUGUCAUUGAAAAUAUUCCAUGAGGCCUGUGUGUUUCACAGGUAGCAGGGUUUUUCUUGCUAGUGUGGCACUAAUAGGCAAUUAAACACAUUAAAUGUUAGCUGAAAUGGGUUAUCAGAUCUGCAUGUGUUCUUGCUGCACUGAUGCUUUAGCCCUAAAUAAUAUACAGUAAUUGGAAAUAAAUUAAUUUAAAUUAAUUGCGUCCAGUUAACUGUACUUACAAUUGGAAUCUAAACAAUGUUAUUUACCCACCAAGAAAAUUUAACUGGGAUCCAGGUUUUAAUAUCCUGUAGAUUUUCAACUUUUCUGUUGUUAAUUGAAUAUGCAGGACACUGAACAGUAAACAGAUUUUUUUCCAAAAUAUUCACUAUCUCAAUUUUCCUGUGUGAGUCAUUAAGUGUUAUUAUAUGAACUACAAUAUCCCCAAAGUUAAUUAAUAAAAUGUAGCAUUAAUCUUCUAAAUGAAAUGAAAUGCAGGAUUUCUGAAAAAAGUGAUAAUCAUCUUGAAAAACAGGAACAAUCAGAUGAAGAACUCAGCAUAAUGGCAAUAUGAUACCAUAUUUCACUAUAUGGAGCAACAGUUGCUUUUGUAAAAACAAAAUACCAAAAAGUAUCUAGAAAUUCCAUUUGAAUACAGGAUAAAAAUCUCCAUAUCUUUUGAGCAAAUUAACCUUAUCAGGGUAAAACAGAAGAGUAAAUGCAAUCUCAAAGCAAAGCCUCUAAGGCCAAGCAGAUGCCUCAUUCUUGGAAAGAAGUAUAAGUAAACAUGAAUUGCUUAUAUAUUGAGGUAAACGUUAUUUGUCAACACUUAAACUGCUGGCUAGAAAAUGGCAAAUGUAUGUACCUUCUUUGCAACAGGCCUACUUAAGAGAAUCUAAGAUUCGUUCAAACUGCAUUAUUUUUCUUACACUCUUCACAUAUUUCAGAAAAAAAAUCACAUAGUUUAUUUAAUUCUUGUAGAAGGAAGGAGUAAAAGAGGAAUAUACACUAGCCGUGCACAAUAUUGUUAUAGCUUUUAGUUUUGCACUGGGAUUAUUCGUUUGGAUUACUGAUUUUCCCUUCUGAUUAUGCUAAAAAGUAAUAUAUGAAGGGACUUUUCCACAGUUUUCUCUUACUGAGAGUAAAUUAGCCUUCUUAUAAAUUAAAGUGAAUUGUUACUACUCUUACUGGUGCCCUCAACAGAAAAGAAACUGUAGAACGGGAGGGGAAAGUUAAGCUCCGGUCAUGCCAUCCAUCUCUGCUCUCAAACAGUACUGAACUAUAGGGCUACACAAAUUACUAUUAGUGUUCUAUGUUAGAAUUUCAAUUUUAACGAUUUUUUUUAAAGCAAAAAGGAAAACAAUGGUGCUAAAUUUUCACCCCUGAGCACAUUUGGUAAGACUGGUCAUGCAAGCAUAUAGUGCCGUACAAAUAUUGCUUUUUUUUUAAAGAAAAUGUUUGCCCUGUUACAUGUAAUCAGCAGUGUAUAGCAUUAAUUAUUUGAUUUUGAUUUAAUGAGUGUAGAGGAGCUUAGGAGUCAGAUGGGGGCCUUAAUAUUUUAAAGAACAGACUUUUAAGUGUGACAACUUAUUUGGUCUAAUUUUAUUAUAAUGAAAUAAGUCAAAAUAGUUUUGGAGUGAGAGCUGGUCCCAUUCCAUGCCCCUGUUUCCAUCUAAUCUCCUAAUCUAUAGUAAUGGAAAUGCCUCUGUUAAAGUUGGAUUGUGAUUUUCUUUUAGUGAGUAAAACAGCAACAGGAAAUGGAGCACACAGAACAGUAAGAGGAAUGGAUAUAAUUACAUUGAUCACAAAUAGAGUUCAGUCACAUUAUGGUAUGUCAAUGCUACAGAAUGAAUUGAUCAUGGAUCUAUAUAUUAUAUGCAUAGUAGUGAUGUACUGUGAUGAGCCCAAAACUAAUAAACAUACAAAAGAUAUGGAAACCAACAUAAAAGCCAGAAGAGCGCUGUCUUUUCAAGAGUCCUAAAUGUUGUAUUUUCUAUCUGAUUAAAAAGUGAUGUAACUAUACAGCGAACUUAGCAAUAGUAUUCUGGUAUGAUUGGGAAAUGGCUCAUCCUUAGCUACAAGCAAGUGCCUUUUGGUUUAGAAGAAUUUAUUGUAAGUGGUUGAGAAUCUCCUUUGUUGCAGCCUAGGAACUCUUAAGGGAUUUUUUUUUAGUUCCCAUCCCUUCCAAGUAACAGUAGAGGAUAUCAUUAAUCAUCAGAGGUUCAGUGUUUUAAUAUUUUUCAAGAGAUUUUCUUUUCAUAAUAAAUAGCAGUCUCAAUAGAGGCAUUUCAAUUCAAAAGAUGUUACAGUCAACAUGUUACAUCUACCUGUUCUGAAUAUUAUUUUUAAUUGCAUAUUUUAACCUUCCACAUUUCAAGUUUUGCACAUAACCCUUUUCCCUACUCAUUUUAACUUUGCAGUCUUCUCUGACUGAGUGCUGUUUUCUACUUUUUCCCCAAUUCUAAAAUGAACAAUGCUUUGGUUAAUUUAAGUUGUUCCUUUUAAAGAACCUCUUUAAACCUUCAGUGAAGAGAUGUCAGACCAAUUCUUUGUUAUUACACUUGGUUGCCUCCUAGCUAUAUAACUUCUGAGUGUAAAUCAUUGAACUUUACCCUCUAAUGAAGUAUUGUAGAAAAUAAAUUGUAGUGGAUACAUUUCUAUCUUGUCCCUUUUUUAUUGGGAGUCUGUCCGUUUUGACAUUUCACACAGAAAUCUAAUAAUUCAAAUUCUAUUUCUAAAAAAAAA